GUGUCUGUGCGCUCGCGCUGUGAGGUUGCAAAGAGAGAGGCGCGCGCACGCUCGCUCCUUUAAACAAAGAGACCCAUCAACAUCAUCCACAGUGCACCAGCAGAACCCAUUCCAGGAACUCCAACAGCUGCAAACAUGACUGCAAACGGAACCAGCGACAUGCUUAAAAUCCAGUUCGGAUUGAUCAAUUGUGGGAACAAGUACCUCACGGCUGAAACGUUCGGCUUCAAGAUCAAUGCAUCAGCCACCAGCAUGAAGAAGAAACAGAUCUGGACCUUGGAGCAGGACGGCGAUGACUCAAACAUGUUCUACCUGAAGAGCCAUCUGGGGAGGUACAUCGCAGCUGACAAAGACGGCAACGUCACGGGUGACAGCGAGACCCCGAGCGAGGAUUGUCGGUUCAUAAUCACUGCACAUGAUGAUGGGCGCUGGUCUCUGCAGUCUGAGCCUCACAAGCGCUACCUGGGCGGCACCGAGGACAGAAUUACCUGCUUCGCCCAGACCAUCUCCAUCGCUGAGAAAUGGAGCGUGCACAUUGCCAUGCACCCGCAGGUCAACAUCUUCAGCGUCACCAGGAAAAGAUACGCGCACCUGAGCUCCGAGCAGAACGAGAUCGCCAUUGACCGAGAUGUUCCCUGGGGCGUUGAUUCCCUCAUCACCUUGGUCUUCCAGGACCAGAGGUACCACUUACAGACCUCCGACAACCGCUUCCUGAAGAACGACGGAAGCCUGUCCCAGAAGCCCGAUAAGACCACGGGAUACACGCUGGAGUUCAGGUCCGGGAAGGUUGCCUUCAGAGACUGCACUGGGAAGUACCUGGCUCCCUCUGGCCCCAGUGGAACCAUGAAGUCCGGCAAGAGUUCGAAGGUUGGCAAAGACGAGCUUUUUGUUCUGGAGCAGAGCCACCCUCAAGUGGUCCUCACCGCUGGCAACGACAGGAAUGUGUCCACCAGGCAAGGCAUGGACCUCUCUGCCAACCAGGAUGAAGAAGGUGACCAGGAGACCUUUCAGAUGGAAAUCAGUAAGGACACGAAGAAGUGUGCCUUCAGGACCUGCACUGGCAAAUACUGGACCCUCACAGCCAAUGGUGGCCUCCAGUGCACUGCUUCUACUAAGUCUGCUAACUGCUAUUUUGACAUUGAGUGGCGUGGGAAGAAGAUAACCCUGCGUGCCACCAAUGGAAAAUAUGUGGCUGCCAAAAAGAAUGGACAGCUGGCUGCCACUAUUGACUCAGCAGGCGAGACCGAGGAGUUCCUGAUGAAGCUCAUCAAUAGACCCCUCAUCGUGCUGAGAGGGGAGCAUGGCUUCAUUGGCUGCAGGAAGGUGACAGGCACCCUAGACUCCAACCGCUCCUCAUAUGAUGUCUUUGGGUUGGAGUUUAGAGAUGGAGCCUACAGCUUACAAGACUCCACAGGGAAGUACUGGAUGGUGGGCAGUGAAUCGAACGUGAUCAGCAGUAGCGACACCCCGGUGGACUUCUUCCUCGAGUUUUGCGACUACAACAAAGUGGCCAUCAAGUCAACCGAGGGGAAAUAUCUCAAGGGCGAUCACGCAGGUGUUCUGAAGGCCAACGCCGAUGAUCUGGACGGCUCCACUGUGUGGGAGUACUAAAAGCACUUAAGUAACCACUGUGGCUUUUUCUUUCCGGCUUUUUUUCCUUUCUGUUAAGCAUUUUGAAUAAGGUUUUUGAAUAUGAGUGAGCACACGGGCCAAUAGCAGAGAGAAACCUAAAGGUGAAGGGGCUUACUUUAGUCACGUAUACUCGAUUCUGUCUAAAUACUCCAGCGUUUGUGUGCCACAACAUUACCGCAGUGGCGUGUGGCCACAUCUGGGACUUCUGGGACUUAACUGGCAUCCAAAUUUGUGUUGUGUGGUUAAAGCACAUCUCAUGUCAUCUCUUAAUCUGCCCUAAUAUUUGGCUGGCACUCGAAUCGGUCCACUCUCUGGAAGAUCGACUAUGCGGGUGCCACAUGUCGAGCCACAGGAUUUUGAUGUACCAGAUUGUAGCGUGAUCCCUCUUCCUUGUCUUUGCACAGUCCUGUAUGAGCCUCACACUCUUAAUAUUAACACAUAGCGAAAUAUGUUAAAGAAAACCUUGUGACUGUGAGCUAUUGAUGAUGUAAUGCCUCCCACUGUAUUGCCAGUCAUAAGUACCUUCCCUCAUGAUCCGAGGACAAAGGCAAUAUUUACAGGUAAAUGUAUGAAUGUUGAGUUUCUGUUGUUUUUUUUUCCGUUCCAUACACUUGACAGAGUUAUGAAGGAAGCUCUUGGACCACUGAAACGGCGAUGAGCUACACUGUUUUGUUUUUGUAUUUGAAGUACGGCAGUGCUUGUACUGCCUCACUAUCUGUGCCAUUAGAAAUAAUUUUAAUGUUUAAAAAAAAAAAAAAAAAGAGGAAAAACCAAGAGAACUGGAUUGGUACCAUACAGUCCCUCAUCUCAAAAUUAGGGAUGUGCCUGGAAUUGUAAAUGGGUGGGGGGGGGAAGAAAUGGAUAUUAAAAAUGGAAAUGUUUUCUGCAACUCAAAAGUGAAGUCAUCUGUAAUUUGUGUGCCUGUGCAGCUGUGGGCGUGAUGAUACCGACGUCAGGUAUGUUGUUGCAGGUUCAACACAGUAUUUAUGGUAAAUUAAACCACUUUUCCCUCUUGAUCCUGACAAAUCCCAAAAGAAUGGCGAGUCUGCGUUUACUGGACUCGUGCAGUGGUCUGAUCUGGAAAAGUCACUAGAAAGGUCACCAAACACUUUUGUUGUAGUUUUUGAGAAGGCACAGACAUUAUCAUAAACCUUGUUCCAUUAUACGCAUUAUUACAGUCCAUUAACACCAUACACAAAAUUGACUGAUUUAAAGAUUUAAACUGGUGCUUAAUUAGAUUUCAGGUAUGCAUUAAACUAACAGAGCCACUUUGAGUGGCAAAACUGCUCAUUAUAUAAGAAUGCUUGAAUAUUGAUCUCACAUUGCUAAGGGAAUGAUAAUGACUGUGCCUUUGAAGGCCAUUAUGGGGGGGGGGGGGAAGACAUUCCACACCUAUACUUUGUAAAAUCUUUACAAAUGUCUUUUUAUAUUGUUUUGAUAUUAUGGUUAUGUUUCCUCAUGUGCCAUGGGUACAAAUGAAAUCUGGAAAUAAAUACGGUUUGAAUAUGAAA